CAAUUGCUGUAUCGGUAACGAGUGCAAUAACAGUUCGUUUUGAAAAAGUAAUAUCAGACAUUUCUAAAGCUUUAUCUGUGCUGAAAAUAUUUUCGAUGUGGAAUAAUCUAGCUAAUUUACUCAGGCGUUUACUUGUGCUACCGAAGGGGUCUUUUCCAAAAGUAUUUAGCAGACAAAAAAAACUCAGAAUGUUACGGUUGAACCAACUUGUGCGCACAAUGUUCCAUGCGUACAGUAGGUACAGUAAAUUGACACAAGUUUACAUUUCGUCAAGAAUACGAUAAAAAUUAGAAGCUGUUGCAGUGGUGCUGGUUUCGUUCAAGCAACCAACAAAGGCAGUGAUGUCGUCCUCCAGCGAAACAUGUCCGUUCUGUGGGAAAAACUUCAAGAGACUGAACAGCCACCUUCCCAGAUGCAAGAUGGCUCCGGUCGCCACGACAACACAAAGCUCCCAGACUCCUCCUGGCCCACCUGACCUCAUCACAGACAAGAACAGCAAGAAGACAUCUUUAUCAUUGUCUUCUUCAUCACCAUCAACAACUUCUACUAAGAGUAAGAAGACAUCAUCUUUGUCUCCAUCCCCAGCGUUAUCACCAUUGGCAAUUACAACCAAGAGUAAGAAAACAUCAUCAUCAUUGACAACUACUAAAAACAGUAAGAAAGCACCGUCACCUUCCUCCUCCUCGUCAUCAACGACUUCAAAGAAACGGCAGAAGCUCCUUGAUGAGACUUUGGUUCUCUCCAAGGACAGUCUGGCAAAAGAUCCAGCCAAGACCCACACAAAACCCAAAGCGAUAGCCAAACUCAAAGCAGCCCCAGUCCCUGCUACAGCCCCAUUGAGCACUAAAGCCAAAGCUGCCUCUAAGAAGAAGGUUUCACUGAGAGAGCAGAUUGAACUAUCCACUCAGACAGCCAGAGCUGCUGCCACACUAUCCCAGGAAUCUUUAUCAGGGGCACAGAGUGAAGCAAGACCCUUCUGGAAGGUGGAGGUGGGGAGCAGUAGAGAGGAGGUGGGAGGAGAAGAGAAGCUGCAGUGUUCAGGGAGUGGUCAGCCCAGACCCAGCAUCCAGGACCACACCACCCUCAAACCUGACUGGCUGUACAGCAAGACAACCGCACUGGACCAUAAUCCAACCAUAACCGCUGACCUCAAUAAAGACAGUCUACGCAGCAAGACAAGCAACAGGGGACUACUCACGGUCAACCAUGUUUCAUCAGUGCUGGACCGUGUUCAGACCACAACUGCUGAUCGUAACAAAGACUAUCUGUGUAACAAGACCAGAAGACUGCUCACGGUUGACCUCGGUCAAACCUCCGCGAGAACGGAGUCAGCAACUGCCAAUCAGAGCGUGACAAGGGAGAAAGCGCCAUUCGACACCAUGAAGUAUGGCACUGAGCAGAGGAUAAUGGGUACGCUGUCUCUAGGGGAGGUGAGGCUGAAGGAACUGCCUGGCUGGAUCGCUACCAGAGCUCCCCGCAACCCCAGAAAUGGAGUGCAAGCCCUGAACAGUGGAUGGCAGUGGUACUACAGGAGGUAUAUAGAUGUGAGGAAAGGUGGAGUGGGAGGAGUGGCCAUGCUGCUAGCAGGAUACUGCAUCCUGGGCUACACCUGGCACUACCCACACAUCAAGCAUGACCGCUGGAGGAAGUACCACUGAGCCCCAGCAGUAGGGGUCAAACUAAGGCGAAACCUCUCACUCUGGGAGCGCGCCCCUAGUGGUGUGGUGGAGAAUUCCUUUCCAACAGGAGACAUAUUUGACGAGCUGCAGCUAUGGUGAAAAACGCUUUGGCUCUAUACAUAUAUUCUUCUGUGUGAAAGGAGAUGAGAUGUAUACAGAAGCAACACUGAGGUGCUGAGGGAAAUGGUCUCAUUUCAGUUUGAAGUUUUAAUAUCUUGUAGACCUUGUGUACAACUCUUUAUUUAUCGAAAAGUAUUUAUGUUGCAUUUUCUGUUGUUUCGUUAACUGUUUAUGAAAGGGAAGGAUACCUCAAUGUUACAGCACUUUUUCUAGGACAAGUUAAAAUGAAUUGUGUGUUCUCUCUAAACUAGUGAGAACAGCACCAAAGCUAAACCAGCACUCCUUAAGGACUCCCAGCCGGUCCAGCAAGUGUCACUGUUGGACUGUUUUUGUUUAAACUGACAAUGCGUUAAUGUGUGUAGCAAUGCCUCAAAUGAUUGAAUGUAAAAUCAUGACCAGCCAUGAGACAAACUUGCCCCAAGUAUUAUUAUAACAAGUAUUACGGUGUGUGUGCAUGCAGUAUUUAACAGACUGUGAAUGUUUUACCAAUACUAAAUGUUUUGGAGAAAGGUUAAGUUUCAAAUGAAUCGAGCUGUGCCUGUUUAUGAUUGUAUUCCAAAUGAAUUUAUUAUUGACUUUUCUCUUUCUGUUGUAGUGAACACACAAACUAAAACUGAACUGACAGUAUUUUUGUAACGAUUUCUUUUGGAACACUUCAUUGCCAACAGAAUACAAAAAAACAACUUAAUUCU